UAAUAAACCGCGGCACUUGCAAAUUUCAAAAAAUUGUAAUUCCCAUUUGGGGUUAUUUGAGCGCACUUCUUCCCUCUUUCCAAUUGAAGAAGCCCCGCAUUUGAAAAUGGCGAACAUUCCCAGACUGACAGCGGGAAGCAGUGCAGAGCAGGUGGAAUACUGCGAGGGGCUUAUCACUCAAAUACUUUCGAGGGUUUCAACAAGAGAUGUGCUGAAGAUGUGUACAGUGGUACAGAGAUGGCGCACAAUGAUUUUUGACCCAUCUUUUGCAGAUACCCAUUACAAGAAUUCUCAACCAGAAUCGAUCUUUUAUUUCCAUGAGUACAACUCAGUCAGAGGAAUGAUGCGGGAAACCUUUCAAUUCCGCUCCUACAAUCCCCAAACGGGCUUCUCUGAUGAUGAGAAGCUAGCAUGUACCCUGGUGUUUGAUUUCCAAACCAAUUCGUGGCAUAAGGGUCCGCCUCUACUGCUCUCUAUUGCUUCAUUCUCUUUUUAUCAUGUUAAGAAUCCCCUUUUUUUGAACGGUGUCAUUUAUUUCAUUGCUAUAGCCGAAAUUGAAGAUGUAGAUGCCUGGUUUAGAGAUGUAGAGGCCUGGUUUAGAGAUGGCAGUGAUUCUUUAUACAUGAUUAUAGGUUAUGAUGUGAAUCAAGACCAAUGGUGUUUUUCUAUUUUCAUUCCUGCCUCAGUAGGUUAUCCACAUUGCCUCAUUGAAUGGGAGGGAAAUAUAUUAGUUUGUGCUUCUGAUUCCACCUAUGAGGAAAACAAAUUUGUAUUGGCAGCAAGUUCCACCCAUGACUACUAUCGUACAGUUGAGUACAGAUGGGAUGGAGGUCAGGGCGAUGGGCAUUUUGUGUUCUGGAAAUUGGAUACAGAACAUAAGCUGUGGACACGAGAACAGGAAUUAGAUUUAUCACAUGAAAUUCACACUUUCUGGAAUGUAUCAGCAAGCAGUGGUGUAGUAUGGUUUACAUCUGGUUACAAUUCUGUGACAGUUUACCAUAUGGGGAACAGACAUUGGUCCACUCAUCGACUAGACGAUGCUCUUGCUUUGCGGCAGCGCAAAAAUAUCAUAGAAUGUGUAUCUUUUGAGCCUACCCUUUUGUCAUUUUGAAACCCUUUUGUGAAAGUGGGAGUUGGAUUGCAAUCUUGGUGCUGUUUGUCAUUUUGAAACCCUUUUGUGAAAGUGGGAGUUGGAUUGUAUCUUUUGAGCCUACCCUUUGUAUGUAAGAGAGACAAAUAAUCUGACCUGCAAAAUGAUUUUGGGUUUAGUUGAUGACGGUCUGAUUCAGUUGAGCUUGGAUGUAAGUACUGUCAAAGUGCAACAGACAAUUUGCUAUAUCAUGUGUUUGUCCAUUUCUUCUUGUCUAUCUUUCUACCAUUCACAACUGUCAUGCUUUUGCCUCAGACAAUUUGCUAUAUCAUGUGUUUGUCCAUUUCAACCAUUCAUUGGUUUGUGAAAUUCUUCUUAGUUCUGUAGCAUGAAUUUAGACUUAUGCAGACAAGACCAAAGCUCCUAUUUAAAAUUUCCAUAUAUUGAUGAUAAAGUUUAAUUCA